CCAAUGGGCUAGAACCGGCCCUGCACACACGCUCACGCUAUAUAAACAUUAUGUAUUAUUAAUAUUUAAGUGAGAUGUAAUAUAGCACGGUUACACUCCCUUUUAAUUCUCACCUUAGCAUGCAUAUUGAUGUCCAUUGCAUUUAAUUGUAUUACUCAACACAUAAGAGUAACUUGUGUUGCUUGAUUCCUGUCAGCUAUGGCUAGGGAAAUGAUCGUGCAUGGUUAUCAAGUGCAGGGUGUGGCUAUCCGACAAAAACGGAUUCUCUUUAUUAUGUUCAGUUGGAAAAGGAAUUGUUCCGCAAGCUUUGGGGGGGACAUUUAGGACAUGAAGGGUUACGAUGAGUCCAUUGCUUUUCUGGGGCAGUGGGGACGUUUCCAGCAGGUAGUCUUCUUCCUGCUCUGUGCCAGCAUCGUGCCCAAUGGAUUUGGCGCUUUCUCCGUUAUCUUCCUGACAGACAUUCCCGGUCACCACUGCCUGGUUCCUGAGGAAAACCUGACUCAAGAUUGGCGCGAUGCAAUGAUCCCAAUAGAGGUGGUGAGUGGGAAACCGGAGCAGAGCAAAUGCAGCAGGUACAGGCUGGAUGUGGUCAGAAACCUCUCUGCUCUGGGAUUAAUUCCUGGCAGGGACGUCAACCUCACCGACCUGGAGCAGGAGGGCUGUGUGGACGGGUGGAGCUACAGCAAAGACAUCUACAAAUCUACCAUAGUCUCUGAAUUUGACCUGGUGUGCAGCGAACAGUGGAAGCAGCCCUUCACCUCUACUGUUUACUUUCUUGGAGUUCUUGUUGGAUCCUUCUUCUCAGGACAGCUCUCAGACAGGUUUGGAAGGAAGCCUGUUUUCUUUUCCACCAUGGCAAUUCAGACUAUUUUUACAUUUGUUCAAAUAUUCUCACCUUCAUGGCCAGUGUUUUCCACCCUACUUUUCAUAAGUGGUUUGGGACAGAUCUCCAACUAUGUAUCUGCUUUUGUGCUGGGUACUGAAAUCUUGACUGGCGAUGUACGGGUCUUGUUCCCAUCACUGGGUGUGUGUCUGUGUUUUGCAGUUGGCUAUAUGAUGCUGCCUCUCUUUGCUUUCUUUUUGAGGGACUGGACAUCUCUCCUGAUUGCUAUCUCUCUGCCUGGCCUUCUCUACAUACCUCUUUGGUGGUUCAUCCCAGAGUCUCCACAAUGGCUGCUCUCUCAGGGAAGAGUGGAGGAGGCUGAUGCCAUAGUGAGAGAUGCUGCUAAGAGGAAUAGAGUCGAUGCUCCAGUAGUCAUUUUUGAAGGUUACAGUGCACAUGCUGAUGAGAUACACCCUAAGGAACACCACAAUAUUUUCAGCCUGGUGAAGACAAAAAACAUCAGAAGCACAACUGUCAUUCUAUGUCUUGUGUGGUUCACUCUCAGUAUGGGCUACUUUGGCUUGUCCCUGAACACAUCCCGGCUUCAUGCUAACCCCUACAUCAGCUGCUUCAUAUCUGCAGCUGUAGAGGUACCAGCCUACAUUUCCUGCUGGCUGGGACUGAAAUACCUCCCACGCCGACUCUCUGUCAUCUUCAUAUUACUCCUUGCUGGAGUAUCGCUGUAUCUUAUUCAACUGGUCCCCCAAAGUUUAUCACAGCUGGCUGUCGCUCUGGAGAUGCUGGGUAAAUAUGGUAUUACCAUCGGUACAGCCCUGAUGUUUACCUAUACUGCAGAGCUUUACCCAACAGUGCUCAGGAACACAGCGACAGGUGUAUGCGCUACUGUGUCACGAAUAGGAAGCUGCAUUGCUCCUUUUUUGUUACAGCUGAGUGAAUAUUUUGAGUACCUGCCUUAUAUCACACUGGGGACUCUGGCUGUUGUUUCUGCCUUUUCUGUUCUUUUCCUGGCAGAGAGUUUUGGACAACCUUUACCUCAAACUAUUCAACAGAUGCAAAAAAGAGAAAGCAUGAAGUGCCUUUGCAUCACAAGAAAACCACAUUCAUAACUUGCUGUGCUUGACGAGAGUCGACUUUGAUUGGCUUAAGAAUGUUUUGUUUAAACAUUGUACUAUUAACUGUAUAUAAGUCUAUAUCAACAUUACUUUCUGGUAAGUGCAGUCUGUACAAGUAGAUUUAAUUACAUUUUUUAUAAGGAGUAACAUUAAAGUAACUAAAACUCGACUAAUACAUUUUGGAGUAAAUUAAAUUGUAAAUGCACUUUAUGAAUGUUAUCACAAAUCCUGCCGUAUUGAAUAUACAACACAUUCACAGGGAUGUGCUUUGCAACAUGAAUGUGUGGUGGUGAUUCUAGAAAAAACAACACAAUUGUGUUGUUUGAAUAACUGUCAAGCUCCAUGGUGCAGUUGAAGUCAAAUCUUUUUACAAAUCUAGUGACAUAAAUAGGAAUCAUUCUUACUUAUAAGUGAAAGGAGAUAUGAUGGUUAUCCAGUUUUUGCUUCAGGCAGAUAGCAGUGGUGCUCCUUUUUCAAGGGAAAACUGGAGACUUCCCCUCUGCAACCUUUUCCUUUUCUUCGGUGUGUGUGAGUUUAUAAGGUGUCUUCUUACAGCAUCUAGGGUAAAUAAAAAAAAUUCAUUCAGAUGCGGAAAUGAUUCCCAGAUACUGAACACUGCAGUAAAUGCCUGAAUGCACUGUGAACUUCCAGACAGGGUUAAGCCCUGACAGACAUUUAAUGUGUCACUAGGUAUCAAAAAGUUAAAAUAUAAUUAAAAAAACAUAAUCACUGACAAGAUUUGUGUUUAUGUAAAUUGAUCUGUAUUGCUAUUUUAAUAACAAUAACUUGCUAAGUCUGAGCAAUAUAAUUGUAACUAUAAUAUCUAUAUUGUUUGGAAAUACAUACAGUAUAUUUGCCUUCUGGUAUUGAUCUGACCGAAAAUGAAGAAGCGUAUUUCACAAAAUGUUUAACUGAUUCUUCGUGUUAAGCUGACUUUGCUAUAGUGUGAUGUUUGCCUUCAUGUGGUUACACAUAAUUCUGGCUGUGUUGAUAACAUCAUUUGUAGUUUCUGAAAUAAAUGUCCCCGGUGGGUUUAAUCCAAGUGCACAAAUAAAGCGGGCAAAAUUAUAAUUCUUCUGGAAUACAGAGUUAGACUAUUCUCCUUCUUUUUUUUUUUUAUAAAAGCAAUUAAUAACUAAAAAAUAUAAGUAACUAGAAAAGGAAAUAACCGAGUGGAAGUUCUUUGGUGGCAUUAUGAGUAUAUAUCCGAGCCCACUCUUUUAAAAUGUUUUAUUCCAACUAAAUGUGUUGGUGAAUAUGUAUAUGAAGUGAAAUUUGUUUUUAUUUGUAGUAUGAUCAUUAUUUUUGAUUGUUUUUCUUUAUUUAUAGAGGCCAAAUGUUUUAGUUUUUUCUUUAUUUAUCUAUUGAAUUUUCUUUUCUGUCUUUCAUUCACAUAAUAAAAUAUUUCAGAUUUAA